AAGGAGAAUGUUAGCUGCUUUGAGACUCCUUCAGGUAGUGAUAAAGCGGGAUAUUAAAUCCAAACUCUUCUUCUUCUUAAUAUCAUCUUGUAAAUUUAUGAGAUCUAUGGAUUUAGGGCGUUAUACAAAUUUAAUAAAAUAAUAAUAAUUAAAAACUCCCCCUUCGCCUUACCUGCUAUUGCUGCAUAUUGCUGGCCAAAUCUCUGUAGGGCAGGCAACUUGCUGUUCACAUAUCCUGCUUCCAGCCCUUCAGUGGCACAAGAAAUACUGUAUCUAUACCAAAUUUGUUCAUGACAAGGCCAUAGGAACUCCUACUAGCGCAUAGCUGUCAACGUUUCCCUUUUUCUAAGGGAAAUUCCCUUAUUCCAAAUAGGAUUCCUCACAAGAAAAGGGAAAAGUUGACAGCUAUGCGACUAGGUAUUCUUCCAUUGCCCUGCACUCAGUUCCCAUGAUUACCUGACACUAUGGUCCUCAGCCUAUCAGCACUCCUUUCUGUUCUUCCUGUUAAGUCCCCUGUCAGGCACUCUGACUCGCUUCCCAUUCGCCCAGUCUCUGCAUUCUAUUCUGUCCCUAAUCACCAAGGCCCGCCCACAUUCCAAAGGUAAAUCUACAGACGGUUGCUAUCAUCAGAAUCCUUCUCUCUCUAUAGGAGUGUCCUUCUCAUUUUGCUUUGGGCCCACAACAGGCCAUCCCAUGGGGUGCCUUAGUGCAUUCUUUCACCUGUCAGGGAAGAUGACAAGCAGUCUUCCCUGGCUGCUGGUGCUGAUCUCAUGGAAUGUGUGGAGUGAGCCUGCAGGUCAGAACCCUCCACAGGGCUAUAGGUAUGCCUCCUAUGAGAUGAUUGUCCCAAGGAAAUUAACCCCCCGAUAUGGACAAAACCCCCACACUAUCACUUACUUGCUGCAAAUUGAGGGGAAGGGCCACAUCGUGAAGCUCAGGAAAAAGAAGCCUAAACAUUUCCCUGUCUUCACUUACAGUAGGGAAGCGGACCUUCAGAUGGACUAUCCUUUCAUCAGAGAUGACUUCUUCUACCGCGGCUUGGUAAAAGGCCAUCCUGCCUCUCGAGUCACCCUCAGCACUUGCUCAGGGGGACUCAGGGGUCUGUUGCACUUAGAAAACCGCACCUAUGAAAUUGAACCUGUUCAGGCAUCUGCUACUUCUCAACAUGUGUUGUAUAGAUUGGAGGAAAUGGUGGGUGCUGUACGAAUGAGGUGUGGGCUAACAGAGGAAGAGCAAAGACGCCAAGAGGCCAUGACCCAAAGCACAAAUAAUGUAACAGUUCAAAUUGAUGCGAGAGGAGCCUGGUGGACACAUACCAGAUACUUGGAGCUUGCCAUUGUGAUAGAACAUGAACGAUAUGUCAGGUUUGACAGAAAUAAAAGUCAUAUUGCUUUGCAAGUUCUAGAUAUUAUUCCAGCGUGGUAGUCUGUACUCCAGCAAUGCCUAUUGCCAAGGGGCGUAUUAAUUAUGGUGCUGUGUUCCUCCAAAGAAGGUAGUUUAUAAACAUUUUCACACUGGAUUCGGCCGCACAAGAUACGCUGAGUGUUGAAUAGUGGGUAGACAUGGCAGACGACACAGCGAUUUCUCCAAAGCAGCUCUUUAUUUUGUAAGCUG